AUGGACGAGAAAGACAAAAAAGGCCGCUUAGAGGCCAUCUUUGAUCAUCUCGUUCUUCCAGCCCAGAUCAGCGACCCCGAUCCCACCGGAAAGGAUGAGGAUCUGGCUCUUGGUCUCGGCCAGUUGCUGCGGCGAUCCGUUGCCUUGCUGCUCGACGGUCACCAAAACCACCAAGUCUGGAGUGCACUCCAAAGUGCGCUCAACUCCACGCUGAAGGUUCAAUCGACCAACGCCGAAAAGGAAUCGCUCAUCGCCGCCUUAACCAAACUCAGCCAAGAAGCUGACCCAAGGCGUGCCUGGCUUGCACUCCAUGUGGCUAAGCAGAAUGCCGGCUUGAUUAUCCAUAAGCGUUCCCCCAAUGAUGUAGUCUUUGAAGCAUUCCACGCAUCCCCUCCCUCAGCCCUUGUACUAAAAGCGACCCAUGCCAUCGCACAAGACUUUCCUGACCGAGCUGUGGGAAUUCCAAUCGAAACCUUCAACUCCUCAUCCUUUCGGGAGAAUCUUGCCACUUUUCUUGAGCAGGCAACCAAAGACUCCUUCGAACGCUUCGCAGCACGAGCGCACAAGGCUGGCCGGGCCAUUGUCGAGACUCGCGACUCCCCGAGCCCCGCUCUCAUCAGCGAGAUGCUCAUGUCGCUUUUGGAAGGCCUAGGUCAAUCCCAGCAAGUCCCUAGAUUGCGAAAGAAGGUCCGGGAUGAUGUUGUUCUGGCAGCAUCAGAAGCUCCUUGGAGACGGUCACCAUACUGGCUCGUCCUCCGCGUCUUCAUUCGCCGCCACCUCACUUCACUUCUCGACAAAGAUCAUCGUCAGGAUUCUGGAGUCGGAAGAAUCUACUACAAGUUCCUCAUUGCUGUCAUGCUUGCUAAGCUCCUAGAGACUAGCGUUGGAUUUCUUCACCCUGAGAAGAUCAUGACACUUCUGGCCAAGUUGCAGUCGGAGCGAGAGGCAUCCGAUGGAGCUUCACGUUUGGCCUACGACUCUCUUCUCGGUCAAACCAAGAAUAUGUUCUUACAAGUGACAACUGACUCCAAAGCUAAAGUCAAAUCAGCUUGGGAACGUUACAAGAAAUCCAUCACAAGGCACAUUCCACGACUUCCCCGAAGCGCAGAUGCAAGCGAUUUCCGUCUUCGCCUGGAGAGCAGUGGCGCGAGGCUCCAAGGACUUCUGUCACAAGUUGUCAUUCCCACUCGCAGACCGAUGGGGCUUGAUGUUCCUACGCUUGAGGGCACAGUUUGCCAGAUCAACGACCUUGCCACAGAGUAUACUGAACUUCACGAUUUUGAAGCACAACUUGGCUCGGAUGACUUGGACCCUGAAAGUCGAUGUAAGAUGGUUGCCGAGGAUAUCAUCGCCUACAUGAAGAGGGCCUCAGUUCUUUACAAUGGAGAUUCAGUAUUGAUGAGCCAAUGCUUGUUGAGACUUUUUGAGCUGUGGAUAGCCAUGGACGAAGCUGCAGCAGAAAUCUUCCCUGGCCUGCUUGAUUUUCAUCCUGUUUUUGUACCUCACAUGCUCGAUGUUCUUUGCUUGCUAAAGCGGAGCGAAAUGUCUCGCCUUCAGCGAGUUCAGCAGUACAUCAAGGGUCGUGUCGCGGGAUGCUUGCCAACGAGAACCACCAUAUUUGGGGACCCCGAGUCCUUGUCUGCUUUCCCUCUACAGUUCUUUCGUUCAACUAAGGCAGGAGCUCAGAUGGCCGCGCUGGGGGCUGAGAUCGACCAUGAAUCGAUGCAGUCCAGAAAGAAUACAGAGGCAACGCUCGAAAGAUUAACGAUCGAAUAUCAUGAACUUACGGACGAUAUAAAUGCUGCAGUUUGCACUUGUACAUACCUUUUGGAUGGAACCAAAGAUGUCAGAGGCUGUGAUCGAUGUUACAAGUGGAGGUGUCGAAACCGAUUGAAGGUGGCCGUACAUGAGGCUUUUCUACCAAGUGGGCGAGGACGAGAGGGCCAACGCGCGGCAAUUCUGUUGGAGAUGCGACUACCAAACUUUAUGGACGCCUACCGAGAGGCCACAUGGAGCUUGAUCGUUCUUGGAACUCCUGAUGUUUCAUCGUUUUACGCAGCAGAAGGCACGCCUACCCAGACCCUGAAAGACCUUGGUCAGUUGGAACACUGGUUUUUCCCUAUAUCCGGAUCCUUGAUCCUAGCCUCGAUGAAGAAGUCGAUCCUGAACACACACUACAGGAGCAGAGCCCUGCCUGCGCAAGUCCACGAGGUUAUUCUGCCUUUCGCCGCCAAGUUUUCGUGUUAUGAUUCGGUCAACAAGAUAUGGACGAGUCAACUCGAAUCACGCAUCCCUAAUUACCAACGAUUGCUUGGAGCAUAUAUUCCACACCCCCAGCUCAUUACUGAUCCCUAUACGCACGAUCAACUUCUCAACCAAGAUCUAUACCCACCUUCUAGCUAUGAAAUUGCUGCUAGUGAGGCGGAUUGCACGCCUGAUAUAUCCUUUAAAGAACUCUCAGCUUUUCAAAGGGCAAUUUCUGGAAGAGGGAGACGUUGGAUUGUUCUUCUCAUCGAGUUGGCUGCUUCUAAUGUCAAUUUUAGUAGCCAGGCCGCAAUGAAUCUUCUUAUUCGCCUUGCUAUUCAAGCAGGCCCGAACGAUUCCAGGCGCAACGACGAUAACGUGCUACGAGAAGCCCAUGCCGUCUUCAGCGAUGCCGAAUUCUGUGAGCAACUCUAUCAACAACUCAAUAUGAGGCUGGAAGCCAUCUCCAUGAGCUGGCGAGAAGUAUUCUUUAUGAAUAUCAUUAUCAUUUUUAGCCUUCGGCUGCUGCAUCUUAGCCCACAAAGCUUGAAAUGGAUGCCACAAAAGCUUCUCGUAAGAGCGAGGGAUGCCACUUCAGACUGGAUCGUUCGUUUGCGUGAUGACGUUAGGUCUGCUAGCGACCCAGGCUCAGCACAGAAGGCAGCUAUGCAUGCCUUUCAGGCCUCCUUGUUAUGUCGAAAGAUCUGUCUCGAGCUUAUGGCGGACACACAUAACUGUCAAUCUUGUGCGGACAAGACCAACACGCGUUGUUUUCUCCGCGCUUCGAUCGCGAUGCAAGAACACCUUGUGAUUGAUUUGAACCGAAUUACAGCACACCAACGACUCUUGCUUGGGCAAGAUUUGUAUGAGUCUUAUAAGUUGCGAAAUCUGAUCGAAGAAUCUCUGGCUGGUCUCGGGAUGGGAUGUCUUGAAGAGGUAAUCGACGAAACUUGGCCAACAGGUGGCCAGCCACGUUCGUACUUGAAUUGGACUUUUUUGGCUGGGCCACAAAGAUUUUGGGUUGCUUCCCAUGCCUCCAGCAAUCUUUUAACCAGUCGUCCGCAGGUUGUUCAUUUCCAUAUAUUACAGGGACAUCUUCUCGUCGAUGGGAAGCCUUUGGGAAGGCUGCCACUGAGCAUGAGGGAAGAUGAAGCAAUCAAAGAGUUAUUUGGACACCGUUAUCUGCUCACGCGCUCCUCAUCUUUAGCUGGUAUGGAAUAUCAACUUGCAAGCGACGUGGAAGGUCAUACUGUUCACUUUGGCCUCAAGGAUACAGUUCAGCCUGGCCUGAAGGAGAAACGAGUUAUUAUCAAGUCUGUGUACCGAGGCCAAGCCCUUGAGUAUGUCAACCGUGACAUUUUCAGACCAUACGAUUUGCCGUCCACCCUCAUCGACGAUUGCUUUCACUGGCUGAACUCCAUUACCGGUGAGGUGGAAAUACGCCGGAAAGCACAACCUUGGAGACAAAAGCAAUCCAAUUGGGUCCUUAACAUCAAGGCACGCGAGGUCCGGCGAAACCCGAAGAAGUUGGGAGGUUCCCGACUGAUAGAUCCCCGAUCCGAUAUUGGCGGGAAGAUCGCUGGUAUAUUGCGUGGUUUUGAAGACCAGGAUAAACUGACAAUAUACGCACCAGCGUCCGGGAUCGUCAACGUCGAACUGAAAAGAUUAGAGCUCUCAUUCUUCGUUAAUAAGCACAAGCUCCUCCAGUCAAGUCAACUUCAGUGUGAGAUCGACCCGAACCAGGAUAUUGGCACUUUCUAUGGCCUCGAGAGUGGAAUAGUCCUGAGAAAUAUCCAUAGUCUCGAUCAGAGAAGCAUCAUCUUGCCUAUGGGCGCGACACAUUGGCAAAGACGGGGUAUGCACGUGGCUGUUAUGGUUCAAAACGGGGGAGAAUACUGCCGAUAUACUAUUAAUUCAUUGCUAGCACGCCUGGAGUGUCCCCCGGAGCCAGCCCUACUGUUUCUCAAGGCCUAUUUGCACGCUUUGACAUCAUUUGUCUUACCAGACCAACUAACUGGUCGCACCGGGACUGAAGAGGCGCUCUUCGCACUGGGAAGCGCCACAUGCCAGCCCUGGAUGGAGUUACCAACCGUACCGCAGAAUAGGUUGAUGAAUCUGAAACAGUCAUUGGUUCCGCGCCGAGUGUACUAUCCCCCUGAUAAAGCUGUCUGUCAGAAGAUAUUCUGGGACCAGAAUCUUACUUCCACGAUUCAACACGACGCCCUUAAGUGUGUGGUAGAGAAGAUCUUACUCCAAUCAAGGAUCCUUUCACAAUUCAACCACAAUAUCGACCGGUCAUGCGAUGGAAGCACUGAAGUACCAUCAAAACAAGAUCACUUAGUUCUGCGAGGCAUCAUUCGUCGCCAUCUGUACGAAAGACAACAUGACGUUAUCAAGAGCCUGAUACCCAGCCACGCUCUUCAGCCAAUAUAUUUCGACACACAGGCAAUUUCGAAUGGAGCCUCGAAGGAAAGCCGUCGGGUGUACUCGAUUUUGAAGGGCCUGCACCCUGAUUGCACGGAGACGCAUAGCACUUAUUCGUUAGAACCAAUGACCUUUCUCUCUGCACAGCUGUCAAUUGGCGGUUUCACACCUGGCUUGCGAAAUAUCAAUAUUGCCGAACUUUUGGACAACCCGCUGAUUCCGUUCUGGGGAACUCUGGUCCAGACAUGCCGACAGGGGAUUGAGCAGUACCAAGUCAUCUUCAUGCUGGCGAUUAUUGCAUUUGGCAAGAACGUAGAUGCUCUCAUGCUCAAAUGGCUAGUGAAAAUUGCCAUGAGCCAACAGCUGCGAUCAGUCAUCCCGCCAGCUUUUGAAGUGGCUUUUAUUGGUUACGAAGCAUCCGGGGUCCCUGAUGAAAAAGUUCUUGAAUCUCUUAUCCUUCGCAGCAACCCUCAGAACAUGCAAGUGACUCGUCCUGGACAGAAAGGUCUUCCGGGAGGUAGGGAUUCUAUCACCGCUUGGGAAGCUACCCGACUGGCUUCGCGUAUUAUCACCUGGUGGUGUACUAGGCCAAGUCUCCAGGAGGAUGUCUUCGAGAGUGAGGUCAAGCAAGACGAUUUCAGGCACCUGAAUAUUCAAGGAGUCUGGAAGUCUCUAGAGCCCGAGCUGGACAGAGUCCAUCGCAAUGUGCAGUUGCAUCAAUACAUCAUGCAACUUGAGAAACUGGCGAAAGCGGGAGGCAAAACGCAAAAGGCUGCUAGGAGCAGUACUUGGGAGUUGAAUUGCAGUCCCGGAAAGUUAUCACCUUCUGCGCCUGAGGGCGAAGAGACUGUUUACGAAUUCUUUGAACUGCCGACUCUAUCCGGUCACCUUUCACGGAAAGAGCACGCUGGUCUCAUUUUAACUUGGACUAGGCGGAAAGAAGAUUUGGGCAUCCAAGUGCCCUCUCCGGGUCAAGAGUUGGAAGAACAGAUCACUGAUAGAGAUCUCAUCAAUUCCUCCAAGGAGCUUUCGAUCUUGGAUGGAAUCACGCAGGGGCUAAUUAGCUCAUCCGACUCUACACGCCAACAGUACGGUAACGAUCUUCGACAGUCGCUUCUAGCCUUGGCCAGAAACGAAAAUACCAGCCCAAGUACACCUGUUCAACCGGCUCACAUGAGCCUGGGAAAGUUGUUAAUGGAGAUCUCGGAUACCAAGAAUGCACUGUCCAAGCAAGCCUCGAGUAUUUAUGAGUCUAUUCGUGCUGGAGAAGCAUGUUAUUCAUGGCUGUGGGUGGGCGGUCUCUGGGCUAGCGUAACACCUGUAGCCCUGCUCGAGUUGCUUCAGAGAGAUACUCGUGGGCAUUCGCGACCAGAGAUGCUGGCCGGAGUUGUAUCGUACGGAUUGCUUAUUACCAAACUUCAAAGGCUAUUACGGAUACAAGAUGCCAUGUACUGCAAUCACAAGCAACGGCUUGAUGAAGAGUACACCAACCAGCCGCAUACGAACUGGAAUCCUGUGGAAUACCCUGAGUGGCUCCUAUUGGAGAUUGAUAAUGAUAUGUUGAUUCGAAGGUCUCAGGUUGAUGUUGCUCGCGCAAUCAUCUCUCCUGCUUCUGGCAACAAUUCAGUACUGCAGAUGAACAUGGGACAAGGCAAGACUUCUUGCAUCUUACCGAUGGCGGCGGCCGUUCUGGCCAAUAAACAAGAGCUUUGCAGAAUCAUUGUUCCUAGGGCACUUUUGCACCAAACCGCGCAGGUGAUUCAAUCCCGUCUAAGCAGAUUGAUCGGGCGAGCUGUCACCCAUAUUCCUUUCUCCAGAAGAACACCCACCAAAGCCCAAUUUCUAGGGAACUUCCGCGAGAUCCAUGAGAACGCUUUAGCGUGUGGUGGAAUCAUGCUAUGCCUGCCAGAACACAUCCUCUCGUUCAAGCUCAGUGGCCUUCAGCGCCUUUCCGAUGGCAAACUUGACGAGGCUGAGCAUAUGGUAAACAUUCAACAGUGGCUGAAUGAGUCAUGCCGGGAUAUUCUCGACGAAUCUGACUUCAUGCUGGCGCCAAGAGUCCAGCUCAUAUACCCCAGCGGGCCGCAGACGAUUGUCGAUGGCCAUCCUUACCGCUGGCAGAUCACGGAAGAGAUUUUGUCCCUUGUUGAGAAUCAUGUUUCCUAUCUCCAGCUCGAAUAUUCAGAUGGCCUACAUAUAGUUCGACGGCAUCAGGCAUUUCCCAUCCUUCACUUUCUUCACACUGAAGUUCAAGACGCUCUGAAUAGUCUCCUGAUUGAUGAUAUCUGCAACGGGCGCCUAUCCACUGUUGAGUUGAAAGUUCCAGGUUCAGAGGAAGCGCAGAGAGACUUGCGAGAUGUUCUAACGCCCUCCGCAGAGCCAUCAUCGGAGGCCUGGAAGAGGGCAUGUCAGCAUUUAGAAGACGACUUUGGCUAUAACAAGCUGCUUCUCCUUCGCGGCCUUAUCUCGCAACGGAUUCUCCUCCUGUCUCUCAAAAAGCGUUGGAACGUGCAGUUUGGGAUAACGCCAAUUCGGCCCCCCAUUGCCGUACCUUUUGAGGCCAAAGGAAUACCUUCCCAGACGGCAGAGUAUGGCCACCCCGAUACUGCAAUAGUCCUCACGUGUCUAGCAUUCUAUCAGACUGGUCUAUCGGUAGCUCAGAUAGAGCAAAGUCUCAAGUACAUCGUCAAAAUGGCCGAUCCUAGUGUUGGGUUCGAGACUUGGAUCCAGGACUGCAAUGACCUCCCUGCAGCACUCCGACAUUGGAGUCUCAUUAAUGCCGAUGACGUUGAACAAGUCUCGCAACUCUGGCAACAUCUUCGUUUCAACAGAAAUGUGAUUAAUCAAUACAUGAACACAUUUGUCUUCCCCGCCCAUGCAAAGCAGUUCAGCCUCAAACUCCAGGCAUCUGGGUGGGAUCUCCCAUUGUUUUCCAAGGACAAAAUCACGAAGUCUCGAAUAUCUAAACCAGACAGCAUCUCUUCAAUUCAAGAAAGGAAUCUAACAACCGGAUUCAGCGGAACUAACGACACCAAACGUAUGCUUCCAGACAAUAUACGCCAGGAAGAUUUGCCAAGUCUUCUUCAGACAAAUGCUCAGGUCUUGAAAUAUCUGGUAGAGAUCAGGAACCAGGAAUGUCUUCUUGCCCAGGACAAGUAUGGUCGCCAAUUAUCUGAGAUUGACUUGCUGAAACUACUCCAUUCGAAGGGGAUCCGGGUGCUGAUAGACAGCGGUGCGUACAUUUUAGAGCGCGAAAACCACGAAGUAGCCUCCGCCUGGCUUGAGGUUGACUUUUUGGCCCAGGCGGUUGUGUACUUUGGUCAAAACAGCCAGAUCAUGGUUCGAGCUCGAUCUCUUAAAAACCCCAUGCCUCUUCUAGCCAGUCCCUUCGCCAAUGAUCUUAAAGACUGCCUUGUAUACAUUGAUGAAGCUCAUACGCGAGGGACUGAUUUGAAAUUGCCUCUUUCUGCUAAAGGAGCAUUGACUCUUGGUCUCGGUCAGACAAAGGAUCACAUUGUUCAAGGUGCCAUGAGGCUCAGACAACUUGGUUCGACUCAAUCAAUCGCAUUUGUGGCCCCUCCAGAGGUCUUCCGAAGCAUUAUGAGCCUCGAGUCGCGGAAUAAAACAACCAACAAGGUCAACUCGAUUGAUGUAGUCCGAUGGCUGCUAGAGCAAAGUUGCAAGACCAACGAUCAGAUGAUGUCACUUCAUAUAUCCCAAGGCCUUGACUACUGCCGCCGCACGAACGCUGCGUGGAAGGCUACCAAGUCGCUGACGGAUCGAGUUGAAAGGAUCAGGCUCUUGAGGACCAUCCGAGAGAAGGAAGACCAGACGCUUGAUCAACUAUAUGGUCCAAGAGUUAACACCGAGGCCAAUACGGAACCGAUUGAAACAAAGUCCUCGCGCCUCAAGUCUGUUCUGUCUCGAAUUGCAGGAAAAAGAGCCACACUCUCGAAGGAGGCGGCAUCCGGGGAUAGCACAGCCUUUCAAGAGGUGGAGCAAGAGCGAGAGGUAGAAUUUGAAGUGGAACAAGUCCGGGAAAGACAACGGCCAGAAAAGCUGCAAGCUCUUGCCUUUCCUGGUGUGAGUGAACAGCUUGUGCAGUUUGUCAGGAAUGGAGACCUUCCAGAUGCCAGUACGAUUGUUCAGGCCUUUGCCUACAUUGGCAAUACUGUAAUAGGGAAGAAAUACGACGUCCAGGAGACUUCGUCCCAGCUAUUCGUCUCCAAGCAGUUCACCAAGACAGUUGCCUCUGGUGGCUCUAAUACAAACAGGGGACUUGUUCGUCCGGUCGAAUGGAUUUUGUGGCGUCCUAACAGAGAGACUGGUAUCAUCAUCAUACCCGAAGAAGCCGAACUCCUUCUUCCAGUGCUGCGAGGCGAAAAACAGCCAGUUGUCUGGCUGUUGAGCUACUCCGCCCCACUAACUAGAUAUAUGUGUAUCUUCAACAGGUUGAACUUUUUUACAGUGCCCUCUCCGCCCAACCGAGAAUUCAAGGUUCCUCGAUGGAUGACUUUGGAGGUUGGAAUUGUUUCUGCACGCCUCUACUUUGGAUGGCUUGAAUAUAAGGGGCUACUAGCUUGGUUAGGCAUGACCAAGGGUGCCAAGGGUGAAGGGACCGCCAGUCAAUGCGGCGGACUGUAUCCUGCAGAAGCAAGGAAAUUUUUGCUCGAUUGGCUGAGCCACUGUCACAACACUUUCAACAUACUUCAUACUCCAGUCGGCUUUGUGGCGCAAGGCAAGGAGUUACGCCAUGAUCACUCAUUCUUCGGUGCCUCUUCACUGGAUCAAGCUGAUGUGGCAGCCGCUACGCAAGAAAAUGGCUUUGUUUCCUCCAAGCGUGUGGGCAGGGGCCUGGACGGCGCCCUUGAUGAUGAUAGCGAUGACGAUAGCGAUUGGGGGAUUCAGCAGGGUGAUCAGGGAGAGGACGAAAGCUCUUCUGAGGAAGAUUCUGACGCAAUGGAUGUGGACGACAGCGAGGAGAGCGCAGGGGAUGCGAUGAGCAUUAAUGAUGAAUUUUGA